AAAACGUGGAUAAAAUCAAAUCAGCACAAAACUUUUUAUCAGUUAAAGCUUACAUAUUUAGUUUGAAAUGUAAUCAGAUCGACAGCACAGACAAACUUAAUUUUCAUUCCUUGUAUUUUUGCUUGGAUAGGUAAGAAUAUGGACCAAGAGGAGCUAUCAGAGGAACACGCGAACGCUAUAAAAACGGCAUUUAAAAUAGGAGGUCUACGUAAGUUGCAUGAAUACUUGGACUCGGAGAAUAACAAGUGGAAAACUAUACCAUUGAAUAUUGCUGUUACUGGCAAUUCUGGUGUUGGGAAAUCGUGUUUUAUCAAUGCGUUUCGUAAUGUAAAGAGGGGCGAAGAAUUGUUUGCAGAGGAAGAUGUCGUAGAAACAACAAAAGAGCCAACACCAUAUCAACAUCCUCAGCAUCCGAAUUUUGUCUUCUGGGACCUGCCUGGGGUUGGAACUGGAGCAUUUCCGAAAAUGGAGUACUUGAAAAAGGUGAAAUUCGAAAAGUAUGACUUUUUUCUUAUUCUGUCAUCGCAACGAUUUACAGAAAACGAUCAUUGGUUAGCUAAAGAGGUUACCAAAGCUAAGAAAAGAUUUUUCUUUGUUCGCACGCAGAUUGAUGUAGACGUAAUGAAAAGAAAUGAUUUAAAAGAAACAGAAGUCGUAGAAAAGGUUCGUGAUGACUGUUUAAAGAAAUUGAAAGCAGAUGGAUUCUGUGAGGUAGAAAGCAAACUUUUCUUGAUAAACAAUAAAAAGUCAACCACCUACGACUUCGAUAAGCUAACAACAAGGUUAAUCGAAACUUUUCCGGCAGAAAAACGUGAGGCUCUUGUCCUCUCUUUAACUGUUUUGACAAAAGAUGUCAUAAAAGCAAAACAAACAGCUUUACAGAAAAGAAUAUUUUUGUAUGCAAUCGCAUCGGCCGCUGGUGCUGCUGUUCCUGUUCCGGGUAUUGGUGUCGCUGUUGACAUUGGGAUUCUUUUCGGAGCAGCUACAGACUUCAAGAAACAAUUUGGCUUAGACGAUCAGACAAUGGAAAACAACGCACUAGCGCUGGAUACAACAGUCGAACUACUAAAGAAAAAACUAGAACUUAAAAGUUUCAUAAUUUCAGCAUCUGUAAAAAGUGUUACUGGACUCUGUGCAUCAGUUGCUAUUUCCAAAGGUACUGAAAAUGUGGUGAAAUUUGCUGUCCCUAUACUUGGCAGUGUAAUAGCUGCAGGCCUUUCCUAUGCUGUCUGUGUCGGAUGCCUGACUAGUCUUCUAAGGGCUAUUUCUGAAGACGCACACACAUUAAACGAGCAGAUGAUGGAAAUGCUGUCACAAUCACCAUCAAUUUCUGAUGCAUUUGAAUGAGGCGACAACCUAAAUCAUUUUGCUGUAACAAUUUACACUAAUACAACUUUGAUUCAGGGACCUCUCUCAGUGGACAAAACACGGAAAUGUUAUUCCCAUUGAAAAGCAGCUUUUGUACGUGAAUAUUAAAAAAAGAGAAAUAUUUAACAAUGCCUGCUAAUUAACAUUUGUCAAAGGCAAAUAGUAUUUGUUGAAAGUAUGCAACCUAUUCAACGAUAGAAUAUAAUAUAUUUAACACGCAAACUGUGUUAGAAACUGAAGCGAUUCGUUUUCAUGUCACAAAACUUGGGAUUUCUACUGCAAAGUCAAACACUGCAUAUCAUUAUUACAACUAACGUGUUUCUGACUAUUAUAAUUUCAGUACUGCUUUCGCGUUGUUUAUCGUUUGGUAUUCGGAUGCACAUCAAAUAUCCACGCAUAUGAACAUGAACUGUGGUAAAUCAGACGAUAAACCACAAGAAUGCAUAGUCUAUAUUGUAUUUUCAUUGUAACAUGCUCAUUAAAACAUUAUUAUAGAAAUUAUACUCCUAGUAGUAAUGAACCGGAUGUUGUGCUGUUAUUUGACGUCAUAAUUGACGUUAUAAUGCUCUCUCACCGGUCAGCGUGCCAACCCUUGUUUAUCGCAAAAUAUACAACUUUUGACUUCCUAAUUUCUUUAAUUGCUUCGCAUUAAGUCUCUUUGUGAAGUGCGUGAUUCGGAUUUGCAACAUAUAGCAAAA